AUGGCCAAAGACACCUACCUCAGAAAAAUUCUCGGGACCGAGAGGUUCAACCGCAUCAAGGCAUCAAAAGUGCUUAUGGUCGGUGCCGGUGGAAUUGGGUGUGAAUUGUUGAAGGAUUUGCUUCUUACUGGGUUUGGGGAGAUUCACAUUGUUGAUUUGGAUACUAUAACUUUGUCCAACUUGAAUCGCCAGUUUCUUUUCCGCCAAAAGGACAUAGAUAAGCUGAAAUCGUUUACGGUGGCGCAAGCAGUGCAGAGUUUCAACUUUUAUGACUGCAAAUUGGUCCCCCAUCAUGGCAAUGUGAUGGACACAGAUCUCUUCCCACUUUCGUGGUGGACACAGUUUGAUUACAUUUACAACGCUCUAGAUAAUUUGGGUGCCCGUCGCUACGUGAACAAGAUGGCUCUAUUUCUUCGGAAGCCCCUCAUGGAAUCGGGGACAACAGGCUUCGACGGUCAGACCCAGCCCAUAUACCCAUACAGCACCGAGUGUUUCGAUUGCCAACCCAAGGCUACUCCCCAGACUUUCCCAGUCUGUACGAUUAGAUCAACUCCCUCACUUCCGGUUCAUUGCAUAGUGUGGGCCAAAGAAUUCUUGUUCACGCAGUUAUUUGAUGAAACUCUGGAGAAGGAGGUUAGUCAGGCAGAACUAAGUAAGGAAACCGAUGACCAAGAAGAGAUUGAUAGAAUAAUACUGCAAGCCAACGAACUUCUGUCUCUUAAAAAGAUGGUGUUUGACGACGACUUUCCCAUAAAGCUUAUUGUCAGAAUAUAUAAGGAUGAUAUCGAGAAGUCGCUCAAGCUAGAAACGCUUUGGAAAAACAGAACACCUCCCGUCCCGUUGGAAUUUGAGGACCUUUAUGCUGACGACCUUGAUAAGCUUCUCCAGGAUGCGGGAAACCUCGAUCUAUUGUCGCAGGAUACCAAAACCUGGACGACCCUAGAGAACCUAUACGUCCUCUACAAAGCAACAGAAGCUCUCCAGGCAAGAAUUCGCUCAGGAAAGCAGAGCGCAAUCAGCUUUGACAAGGAUGACGAAGAUACACUUAACUUUGUGGCUGCUGCUGCCAAUUUGAGAUCAGAAGUCUUUCAUAUUCCAUUGAAGUCCAAAUUUGACAUCAAGCAGAUUGCUGGCAAUAUAAUUCCGGCCAUUGCCACUACCAACGCGAUCAUAAGCGGCUUCUCGGACUUGGGCUCUCUACUGUAUUUUGACAAGACUUUCACUGCAGAAUCGGCGAAAAGUGUUUUCAUAUCAAUCAAGCCAAACAAGAGAGUCACCUCAGCUUUGGUCGAAAAACCCAAUCCCAAGUGUGCCAGCUCGGGAAUCUCUAAAGGGAUCUUGAGACUAACCAAGAAAGAUUUAGCAAUGACUCUUCGUGACCUAGUCGAAAAGGUCACUCUGAAGUACGGGUUUUCAGGAGACAUAUCUGUGAUUCUAGGUGAAGGGAAAUUGAUCUACGACUUUGACUUUGAUGACAAUGCUGACAAACAACUCAACGAGAUUGCAGGCUUGAAACAAGGCGAGGUUCUUCUUUUCCAAGAUGAAGAGGAGGAGCUUGAGAAUCUCGAGCUUUACAUUCAAGAGGUGGAAAAGAAUGAUGGCCAUCCACUUCCUAACCUCCAUCUUAGGGCCAAGGUGAAGACAGAAAAAGAACUUGACAACAAUAGCGAAGAUGAAAUGGACACCGUUACCAUUGUCUUGGAUGACGAGCCUCCCUCAAAGAAGAGAAAGAUGGAUGUAACUGCCGAAGAGCUCACUUUAGACUAG